GAGACGGCAAGCAGCCAAUUGCGUACACAGUCAAUUGAACUAGGCCCGUUGAUCACGCCUCUUGUGCUGAAGAAAAUGACAGCAGACUCCCCAGACCAACUUGCAAUCUACGAUUGAUCUUGGUCUGGACCGGGAACAUAAAGAGCUCAUCUAACGGAACGGAAACACAAACAUCUUCUUUUCAUGGGAUAAUACAAAAAAAAAAAAUCCUGAGAAGUCCGAUCCGCUAGAUGCCAUUCAAUUGUCCAUAAUGCAUUUUUAAAAAGACGAACACGCAAACAAUGUCCGUCCGACCGACGGACAGUCUCCUCCCAGUCGGAGCAACACCCUACUGGUACUGAUACUUGGACUGCCAGUCUCCUCCCAGUUGGAACAACACCGUACUGGUACUGAUACUGGGACCGCUAGUCUCCUCCCAGUCGGAACAACACCCUACUGAUACUCGCGUCAGAGCCGAACCACUGGACCAGAAGGCAGCAAAACAACACAGCCUUGGAUAGUCAGACGUGGUUUAUUGGAUAUGAAGUAGAAUAAAGGUUAGAAGAUGACCGGACUCGCCCAGUACUUCGCGGUGGUCGGAGUGGACCCGGACUCCGGCCUCGAACCCCAACAUCUAACAGGAGAAGGAUUUGACCAGAGCCCGAUCCGAAGGUCGUUUAAGUCGAAGGUUCUAGUCCAUUACCCAGAGAGCACAGACCGCUGUCCCUUUAAUAAAGAUGCUGUCAACCUGCUGUGCAUGCCCCGGGGGCUGGUGUUCCGGAAGCAGUCAGACGCCCGGGAACCCCUCUUCCACUCCUUCACCAUCACCGCCGACGACGGCACACGCACCUACGGCUUCGUCCACACCUUCUACGAGCGGGUGACCAACCCCCGUAUCACCACCGCCAUGCAGACCUUGUUCCAGAUGCAUCGCGUGGAGCACCAAGCGUCGAGCUCGGCCUCCUCCCCCUCCUCCUCCUAUGGGUCUUCCCCCUCCGCCUGCAGCAUGGAGUCCCUUCUCAGCAGUCUGGACGGCUCCGACGCCGACUCCCUGGCGGGCGGGGGGGGGGGCUCUCCCUGUCCGGGCUGCACGGCGUCCUUUGACCCGGCCAGCGACACCUUGUACGGCUCCAAGGCCCUCUGUCUCCUCAUGCCCCUCCCCUUUCUGCAGGCCGCCCGCCACUUCCUGUCCCAGUUGUACCAGGCUGUGAUGUCCCCGGCGGCCCCCCCGCUGCCCUUGGAGAGCUACAUCCACAACGUCCUGUAUGAGGUGCCGUUGCCCCCCCCCGGGCGGUCCCUCCGGUUCCACGGGGUCCAGGGGCCCAUCGUGUGCCAGCAACCCGACGCAACAGACCUGCCCCUGGGAGACUACCCCCUGGGGGACGCCUUCGCCCUGCUGGGGGUGGACAACGUGGUCCGUCUGCUCACCUGCGUGCUGCUGGAGAUGCAGGUCCUGCUGUACUCUCGAGACCUGCAGUGUUUGAUGACCGUGGCGGAGGGCAUCACCUGCCUGCUGUUUCCCUUCCAGUGGCAGCACAUCUACCUCCCCAUCCUGCCUGGCCCUCUGCUGCACCUGCUGGACGCCCCCGUCCCCUUCCUGAUGGGGCUCCAGCGCAGGGACGGGGUUCAAAGGUCGUCCCUUAACCUGCCCCAUGAGGCCACCCUGUGUUUCGUGGACAUUGAUAACCGGAGCCUGGAGGUCCCAGAGGGCCUGCCUUCCUUCCCGGACCAGGACCAGCUGGCCCAGGAGCUGAGGGAGGUGCUCCUGCGCUACGGAGUGACCUCCCAGCCCGCCUCCUCCCCCCCUCCCCCUCCCUCCCCCUCCCCCCGCCCCCCCGCCUCCCUGGUGCUGGAGGACCUGAUAGAGGACAGGCAGAACGGGAACCUGGGCGGCGAGGAGCUGGCGGUGUUGGAGAGGCUGCAGGCCCUGGCCUGCAGAGGGCGCUGUCUGACGGGUCCGCUGGAGGACUGGGAGCAGAAGGAGCUGCGGUCGGCCAAGAUGAACGUGGAGCUGAGGGAGGUGGUCGCCGGGCGGCUGGCCGCCGUGUUCGGCCGCUACGAGGAGUUCGUCUCUCACAGCGCCUCGGACCUGGACUCCUGGCUCAGCAACCCAGAGGGGACCUGCAGCUUCCACAAAGGUUCCUUCCUGUCCAUCCAGCCUGUGAGUCACCUUCACUUCCUGUCCCGCUUUCUGGAGACUUCCAUGUUUUUAGCGUUCGUGGACAGGAAGUUGAUCUCGCGCUGGGUGGACAGCGAGCCGCUACAGCGUCUGUUUGACCAGCGCCUGGAGCGGGGGCGGGGGGUACCCCAGGGGCCGCCCGGCUGUCAGAAGGGGCCGGCGCUCUUUGAGCCAGUCCAGACGGGGGAGCAGCGGCUCCUAAAGACGGACCACACGGCAAUCCACCCCCACCUGCUGGACAUGAGGAUCGGACAGGGCCUGCACCAGCCAGGCUUCUUCCCCACCCUGCAGGCCGACGUGCUCAGCCGCCAUGCCCCCAACAAGAGGUCGGGUCGGGUCACGGGGUCACGAUGGACCGAACCCAAGAGAACCACAAACAGGGAACCCUCAGGAACCGACAAUGACCAGAAUCACAAGUGCUCGUUCAGGAGGAGGAACCUGUGUUAUUCCAGACUGUUGGACCCCUCCCCUUCAGCUGUCACUCAAACCCACAGGGAGUUUGUCUACGGGCUUCUGAACGAGUGUCGCCUGAAGACCAAGCGCCUGCUGGUGGAGAGGAUAGGGAAGGAGAGCCUGGAGGCGGGGGGCCCGGGGGACCUCUCCGGCCUGCAGGAGGGGACGCUGAUCCAGGGUCUGUGUGACCUGCUGGAGAGGACCUGGGGCCACGGGCUGACGCUCAAACAGGGCCCUUCCACGCUGUGGUCCCACCUGCUCCACUACCAGGCAGUCCGGGGGAAGAGCGACUCGCCGGCCCGGCCUUCAGGGGUCUCUGGGCAGGAUCCUAGAAGGUCUGAGGAGGACUCGCUGACCCCUCUGAAGGGGACUCUGCUGCAGGACAUGAGGUUCGUCCAGAGGAUGAGUGAAGGUCUGUCUGAGGUGGCUCUGGUCCGGGCCUGGAUCCACCUGGCGCUGGAGAAGAAGCUCCUCUCCAAACAUCUCAAGGAGCUGCUCUCCGACCAGGAGCUGCUCAGGCAGCUGUACAGGCCCCAUGCCUUCCUGCUGUGUGGGGAGGAGCGAGAGCAGUUCCUGUUCCACCUCCUGUCUCUGAAUGCGGUGGACUACCUCUGCUUCACGCGCGUCUUCACUGCCAUCAGUAUUCCGUAUCGCGUUGUCAUCAUCCCCAUGAAGAAGCUCAGCAUCGCCAUGACAACAGUCAACCCCUGGGUGUGUGUGUCCGGAGAGCUCGGGAACUCGGGGGUCCGACAGAUCCCCAAAAACACCCAGGAGAUCUUCUUCCAGUGUCAGAAUCUGGGCCGCCUCAGCACCCUGCAGCUGGGGCAGGAUAGCGGCGGCCUGCUGGCCAAGUGCUUCAUCGAGUGUGUGGUCGUCUACAACGAGGUCACUGGACACACUUACAAGUUCCCCUGUGGCCGAUGGCUGGGCAAGGGCGUGGGGGACGGAAGCUUGGAGAGGGUUCUGAUUGGUCAGCUGGUGUCCCCGGGAGCAGAGGAGGAUUCUGGGAAAUUGUCCGGGACAACUCCAGCUGAAUUGGGUUCUCCGCCUCAGGCUGUGCAGGCGGUCUUAGGAUCCCUCGGAGGACGCAGCAAGAUCCUGUCCACUGAGGUCCAGGAGGAGAUGAGAGAGGCGGCCAACAACCUGGUGAAGCACUUCCACAAGCCUGAGCAGGAGAGGGAGAACCUGACGGUGCUGCUGUGUGGGGAGGGGGGGCUGGUGCAGGCGUUGCACAAGUUCUUCCUCCAUGGCCUCCGCUCCAACCGCCUCUUCCAGAGGAAUGUGUUCGUUUGGGACUUUGUGGAGAAGGCAGUGGUUUCCAUGGAUACGGUGGAUCAAACUGAUGACCUGCCAGGCUCUGAGUCUCAGCGGAUGCCUGCUGACUCACUAUGCCACUACGUGCAUGCCAUUAAUGACUCCCCCAGAAACAUGGGCAAGGAAGGGAAGUUCCAGCUGUUCCUGUGCCUGGGAGUCAGGGACGGGCUGAUCUCUCGGUGGCUCCCCCUGCUGGCAGAGAGUCCCCUGACGCCGCGGACGUUCGAAGAGAGCGCCCUGCUCAGGGACCGCAGUGCUGUGGACUCCGUCUCGCGCGUCGUGCACACGCUGCACGGGUUCACCGUCACGCUGGAGGCCUCCCUGGUCAGGGGGGUCACCCUCUGACCCCUCCUCCUUCCAGAAGAGCCUCAUGGAGCGGAGAGUACUCCACGACCAACGCACCAAGACUGCAGAUUAACUGAUUCAACUGUAUUAUUAAACACCAUUCCACAUAAGAGAGAAGAUAAUGGGAGGAGAUGGUGAUUCUGGCUUCGCAGCGCCUAGUGCAGCAUCCCUGCUCUCCUCCUCAGAUAAUUGUAAUGUUUGCACAACUUUUGUACCUGCAUGGCUAAAUUGGUAUCUCUGGGGCUUUGAUUUAUUUUUUACUUUGACAUGUUCGCUAACAAUACCACGUUUUAUUUUUGUUUUAUAUCUUCUCUGGCUUGAAGCAAUGCACUGGACACAUUCAGGGUGGCACCAGGUUUAGGUGUUUAUAUACUGGGUUACUGAACUGCUCAAAUGUAUUCCCUGACUAAGUUAGGGAAACUAAGCUGGUACGUACGAAAAUAACCUCACUGUGAACCAUCUUCUCUGCUUCACCUCUAAAGGAGUUGUGGCUUUAUGUAUCGGUAUGGUUUAUGUUAUAGUGAGGUGUAUAGCUCUUAGCACAAUGUGUUACAUGAAUAAUGCUUGUGUUUGUGUUUAAUUGUUUUUGUCUGUAAGAGAUAGAGACUUUGCAUACAGGUUCCAACAAGAACUAGAAAUACCAUGUUGCAGUUGCAUUUAGCUUGUUUGGGAACUAUUUAAUGUUUUAACUAUUGAGGGAAAGUCAUUGCAUUGUCCUGUAACCGUUAACUCUCAAUGAUCACCUAUUAUUGUUAAAUUAUAGAUGAGUGUAAGCAAUAAGUUAUUUCUAUAUUAAUGAAAGGCAUUGUUGAGAUGCAAGAAUAAAUUGAUGUGACAUAUG